AUGGCGGCAAUCACACACAAAAAGGCACACAAAGCCAAGCCAGUAACCGCAAUGCCCCAGAAAGAGCAAAUUGUGUUUACAGGGCAAGACAAAAUCAUACAUGAUUUGAUAGUAGCCCCUUCAAAAGAAAUUGAUGCAAUUGCAUCAAAUCUAAUCCUUAGAGACACAAGCUACAUUAUUGAGUACUUGAAGCAGAGAAUCAAUUUGGAGCAGAGGUACCUGGAUGAUUUAUCGACAAUGACCAAGAAUAUACAAAAGUGCUGUGUUCCUAGCGAAAAAAACCUGAUUCAAAUGAAUUUCAUGAACUAUGUCGGUUUAGCAGAGCAGCAAAAGCCUCUCAAGGAAAUGUACAUUGAGCAACUCAAACAGCAAUGUGAGAAUUUGGUGCAAUUUCGAAAUGACCAGCAAAAAUCAUUUGACAAAAACAAAGCCUGGAUGAAUCAUGUUAACGGCGACUAUCUAAUAGCAAGGUUGAAAAAGCUACCAACUGCACACGAAAUUUACAUUCAGAAAUGGGACGAAAUUGAACGAUCUGCCGGUGGUACAGCUGUAGCCUCUCCUAUGUUGAUGACACCAAUGACACCUACGUUAUCUGUGGGAUCUACACUGACAUCUCAGCACAGCGACGACUUACUGGAAUCAAGAGCGAUGAGCAUGGACGAUGACCGCACACGAAAGUUUGCUGAUGUGGUGAAUGCAACGCAGAGUAGCCGUAUUGAGAGAUUCAUGAAACGGCAUUUGAAUAAGCCUGAAGAUGCUACCAGUAGAAAUAUCAAAAUGGCAAAACUAAAAGUGGAAGUAGGCGAGGCUGAUACUAACUAUCGUAAUGUUGUACGUGAAUUAAGUACAAUGGCUAUCAAGAUCGACGCUACCAAUCUCCAUAUUCUACAUAAUGUGCAAGCUUCGUUGAAAGAGAAAUCCGACAAAGUGAAGAACAUGCUCCAAGCGGCAUUGAAAGCUGAUCUGCGUCAACUGGAACAAGGACAGCAUCCAGUCAACAAUUUACUGGCAAGUGUAGAUAAGAUCAAUAACGAACAUGAAGCAAAAAAGUUCAAUGCUUCGUCGACAGCUGUGGUGAAAAAAUAUCCAAAGCCUGAGCCGAUUUAUUACGAGAACCAUCAUGUUGGUGUUUGCAAGGAUUUGAUAUUUGGAACUUCUCUGACCGAAUACGCCCAGCAAAGAAACAGGUCGCCACCGUUGCUCAUCACAAAAUGUAUCAAUGCCAUUGAAAGACUAGGUGGUUUAGAAAAAGAAGGCAUCUAUCGUGUGAGUGGAAAGCAAAGCAACAUGGAAAAGAUUAAGCAUGCUUUUGAAUUGGACGAAGAGGCUGUAAUCAUCGGACAGAAUGAUGUUCCUGAGGAUGUUGUCAGCAUUGCCUCAGUAAUCAAAAUUUUCCUGCGAGAGCUCAAAUCACCGCUGUUCCCUUUCAAGUUGACAGAUCGAUUAGUUUACUCUCAAAUCCCUGACCAAGAGCUACGUUUAAUGAAUCUGCUGACAAGAUUACUGAAAUUGCCACCAGCAAAUUACGAUACGUUGAAGGCUCUGAUACACCACUUAUCAAAACUUCAUGCUCAUGUGGAAAAGAACAAAAUGACAACCAACAAUUUGACACUUAUAUUCACGCCAGCCAUCUUUCAAGACUUGAACCAUGCUCAAAAUUCACCAGGCGAAUGGGCCAAGGACUGUGUGUUGGAGGAUUUGAUCAUGAACAGCCAAGAUAUCUUUGCCAACAAAGAUCUUCAUAACAAUUCCGCUAUCACAGGUGAUAUUGAAUACGGCUUCCAUCAAUCAAGUGAUGAACACCAUCAUGAACCAAAUCGAUAUGCAAUGACCAUUCAAUCACCGGAUAGCCCAACUGGUGCUCAUCAUGAAGAGACUGAAAGUGAAUAUUCGUUUGUCAUUCAAGAUGAGGACGAUGAUGGCACGGAAGACGAUUUUAUGAUAAAAUCCGUUACUACCAGUAGCAACGACAGCAGUGUUUUACUGCAUCAUUAUAAUGAACCAGAGGAAGCCAUAGCUAUACCCAAGCCUACGACAUCGUCACCACCACCAUUGGAGGAAGAGCGCCAAGAAGAAACACCUUCUCGGUCUACGAGCGUCGAAAGAAAAAAGUACCAGGCCCAUUUUCAAGGAAAGGGGUUGAAGGUGAACACAGGUAGCAUGUCAUCUACGGGUUCAUCUCAAUCGCAGAAUAAUCACUCAGAUCACCAUAUCCCUACCAUCAAAAGUGCGACAGUUCCCUCGUACGAUUGGCUUGCAUUGGACCCUGAUAAUGCACCUCCAGUGCCCAAACUGCGUCGAUCAGCAACAACUGGUAAAAAAGUCUUGUCAAGGCGUAAACUUUCAUCAAACCAAUUACGUGCAGAUGCUGCUGCUGCUGCUACCGCUAUUCCUGUGCCAGACAUCCCCCGUGUACCUAUAUUAAAUUAUCGCAGUAAUACCAAUGGAGGUGGUAACAUCAAUAUUACUUCCUCCACCUCAACCAUACCUUAG